AUGGAAAACGUGCAGAAGGCACUGAAACGAUUUCCCUCGCAUCUAUUGGCUGCGGUUCAGAGUGAUAUACACGACCUUCACUCUACUAGGACUCAAGCGUCGUUUUUGCAAAUGCGAGACGCUGUUUUACGGAAAUGGAUGGAGGAUUCGCGGCUUUUGGCGUUCUCACAGUACAUGAGCGCCCAGUGGCUGUAUGGACCUUUCAGUAAGUGGCAGGCGUACGCAACUCCGAUUGGUUUUGCCACAACUAACGACCCCGUGGAGACUUUUAAUGCUGUGAUCAAAAGAGAUUAUACCCUGCGAAGGAGACUGAAGAUAGGUACACUUCUGCGCGAGCUCAGUGCGUGCUGCCAAGACCAGUCGUUGAGCACGCCCUCAUUCCAGUUUGGAGUGACCCCACGGCAUCGCUCACACGCCGUGUAA